GUUGGCAGAGAGUGGCAGUUGGUUGGAGAGGAUCUGAGGUAAACGAGAGCGCAGAUACAUUGUGACUAACUCCUCCCAGGACCACGCCAAGGCAAAGAAUCAGCUGUCUGGAGCCAGUGAGGAGAGAUUGACGCGGUCGAGUCCCCUAGCUGAACCUGACACCCAGAGCAAGAAAAAUGAACACUGCAGCGCCUCCUCCAGAAAAUGGGCAGUAUUCUACGUCUCAGCAGAGACCUUUCUUCUAUGCGCAGCCAUCAGCACAACUACCUUUCCCAAAUCCUUGGUACCUGAGUCAGCUCUACAAUCCAUAUUGUGUCCCUGGACCAGGCUUCAGAGGAGGAAAUCCUUACUACCCAUACUACUCUGUUGCACUCCAUGAGUACCCUGGAUUUUAUGUCCCCCAGCAUCAAAUGAACAUGAGAAUGAACAGAAGACCUAAUUUUAAUCCCAAUCCGCCUUCUCCUAUGUUUUACCAUGCCACGCGGUUUAGGCAUUACAGCAGCCCUGGGCGAAGAACAGAAACCAAAGAAACGCAGACAGACCCCAGGCAGCAAGAAUAUGUAGCCAAAAAGCAACUGGUUACAGAAAGUAAAGGAUGUGAUGCAGGAAACCUGGUAUCCAAUUCUUCUGGCAUUAGCACAGAGAAUGAAAAUAACUCUGAGAAUGUUGAGGUGACCGUGUCACCGGUGACUGCACUGCCAGAAAGAGACUUUCACCAAAAUGCUUGCAAUUCAUCACAAUAUCGAAACAUGCCUCCAGGAAGCUAUGCAUAUGAGAAAGAGGAGGUAAGAAUAGAGUAUGGAAGUGGUUCCCCUGCUGCUAUACAGAUGUGGAAAUCUUAUAAAGAAACAAUACCAAUAUACGAUGUGGCAGUUGGUAAAGAGAUACCAGACAAUGUAGUGCAGCGUGACCUGUAUUGUGAGGGGGUAUUGUAUGGCCCUCGUCCUGAAGGAGAAGAGAUUACAGUGCAGAGUGUCUCUUUCUCUAACAAAGAUGAGUGUAAACAGUCUCCUCCUAUACUCUGCCUUGAUACUGUACAAGAAACAGAAACUCUGACUUCGCUUGUGCAAAGCAGAGAGCAGAGCCUUGAAACUAGUAAGCCAGCUAAGCAGAGUCUGAUAUUAAAGACCUCUGUGGAGGGUGAAUCUCAGUCUGUGAUGGUGGAACAUGUUGACAUUGUUCACCCUGGUUUCAAUGCCAAACAAGCUGAUGCCAAUGAAAAUUCAGAGGGAAAUUACACAUCUGAAGAAGAGGCCAGUGGCGAACUGUUAUUUGGACCUAAUUUAUGUCCAGAAAAUGUAAUUCAGAGUCAGUCUGUAUGUAAUGGAGAGAUAAAGGUAGCAAAUACUAGUGUGUGGGCAGAUGACUCUGUGCAGAAGGUCCUCCCUUCUCCAACUUGGCUGGCUUGCUUUGAUAAUGUAGAAAAUAACUAUGAUUAUGACUUGUAUAUGUCUCAGAGGAAGCAAAAGCGACCAAGCGUAUUGAGUAUAACCUCCGAGGAGCUUUCUUCCAGGGACGAAGGGUCAUCCAUUGAUAAUGCCUCAGUUUCUUAUUUUGUCCCAGAUUAUAUGCUUAGGAAAGGUUUGUAUGCUUUCCGAAAAAACGUGGAGAGCUCGGAGAGGGAGAGAAUUCAAAGCAGUGGCUCUCUGAAAGAAGAUGAAAUACCCAUGAAGCAUGCCAGUAGCCAAUACAGUUCUUCAAAACUAAAGGUUAGAGAGGCUUCAAGCAGAAGUCGGCCAAUUAGUGUGCCUGUAAGAGGUUUAAGCAAGAAGAAACUCUUUUCUGUUAAGAAGAAACCAAGAAAAAGCCAAUCUUUGUCUGAGCCAGAAGAUUCAGAGGAAUAUUGGGUAUUGGAGGAGGAAAACUUGCACGGUUUUGAUUUAGACGACCAGAGUGAAGAUGAAUAUUACUUUGAGGAAAACGUACCAACUCAGCAGCUGGACCUUGGUAAAGGUAACUUCUUUAAGCAGAUUGCUCAGAAAAGGAUCUUGUGGAAACCUCCAAAAGGGGCAUUUCCAGCCCAGCUUAUUGGGUGGCCAGUCAAAGAAAAAUUAAAAGUGAAGAAAAAGGAUGCAUGUGAAGCCUUGGGGCAGGUGCAUCGACUAAAGCAGUAUGAUUAUGGCAACUAUGAGAAGCCCGACCGAGGAUACAAAGAGGUGACUGAACAGAGGAAAUCCCAGGCGAAACCAGUGGGUGGAAAACCUCAAAAGAAAACCUCUGGGGCAACUGUUGAGGAGUACUGGGUUGGAAGAGGUGCUAAGCCCAAAUUCUGCGAACCUACAUAUUAUCUGCAAGAUCCACCCAAAAUCAAAGAGCAAGACAAGCCUCCAAAAAAGAAGGGAACGUUCAAGUCUUCUAAAAGAAAACAAACUAGAACUGAUACAGAAGAAAUAGAGGCAUGGGAGAUUCCCACAUCGUUCUUGUAUAGAGGUCAAAGCUUAAGGAGAGGUGGCACCAAGAAAAAGUAGUGCAGCUGCUUAUAUAGUGUAUUUAAAGUAUAUUUAUUUCUUAAUGUAUCUGUGUGAGUGAGUUUUUCAUGUAGCAAACAUUGUUUUACUCCCGAAAGGGAGUCCUACCUACCCACUGAUUUUUGUGUAACCCUGUAGUUUUUCUGUGCACCAGAGGGGAAAAUGAAACUAAAUAUAGAAAGGAAUGAAGCAAGACACAAAUGAAUUUAUUGACGUUUAUGGCAUUUUGAAUAAAAAAAAAAUGUAAAGUUUAUUGAAUGGCACAGAACUGAAAAAAGCACCUUAAUGUAAAUAGCACUGAAGUCACAUAUAACAGCAUAAAAUAAAGUUUAAUAUACUUGCAAA